CAGCGAGGCUUUGAUGGUGCAAUAAAUGAUGACUCAUUGGUUCUUACUCACGUGAUCAUUUUAUACAAUUGCUUAGUCAUGAUUCGUUCUUUUCUGUGGAUGAGAGGAGGCGCUCGAUUUCAGAAUGGGUCGACGUCCAGCUCGUUGCUAUCGUUAUUGCAAGAACAAGCCUUACCCAAAGUCUCGGUUUUGCCGUGGUGUACCAGAUCCAAAAAUUAGGAUCUUCGAUUUAGGAAGAAAGAAGGCGAAUGUACAAGAUUUUCCAUUAUGCAUUCAUAUGGUUUCUGAUGAAUAUGAACAGCUGAGUGCUGAAGCCUUAGAAGCUGCUCGAAUUUGCGCUAACAAAUAUAUGGUGAAAUUCUGUGGCAAAGAUGCUUUCCACAUGAGAAUUCGUGCCCAUCCUUUCCAUGUUGUCCGAAUCAAUAAAAUGUUGUCGUGUGCCGGAGCUGACAGGCUCCAAACAGGUAUGCGAGGUGCAUUUGGAAAACCACAAGGCCAAGUUGCUCGUGUCAAUAUUGGUCAGUCAAUUAUCUCAAUUCGCUGCAAGGAUAACAACAAGGCCCAUACCAUCGAAGCUUUGAGACGUGCAAAGUUCAAGUUCCCUGGCAGACAGAAGAUCCACAUAUCCAAAAAGUGGGGAUUCACUAAAUGGGAACGACCAGAUUAUGAAAGGAUGCUGGCUGAAGGCAUUUUGAUACCUGAUGGUGUCACCUGCCAGUAUAAGCCCGAUAAAGGUCCUUUAGAUGCAUGGAGGAAAAGGCAAUGAGGUCUCUCUUGAAAUUUAUCAUGAUUGACUAUUAAAUCUUUGCCGUGAUCUGCGA